AUGAGGUCCCUGGUGGCAUUGAGGCCAGAUGUGGUGGCAGUGUCGAGCAUUAUGUGGGUACGGGUCGGUGAGCCGGUGAUUUGCUUUGGUGGAUGGCAGGAACACAUCGUUCGCGGACCAAAUGGUCAAAAGGUGCAGUUGGUGGCAAUGUAUUGCCUUCAGGAUACCAGUGGUGCACAGCUGAAGGUGGACACCGGGGACUUGCUCAGCUUGCAUGUGGGCACCGCCCAGGCAGAGUUAAAGCUUUGCACGUUUGCCAGUCCCAGAGCCCCGAGUCUCAGUCCCCGAGCCCCUGGUGGCAACCCGCACCUGAAGGUAGAUUUGUCCGGCUUGCCAAAGCGCGGCUUUUCCCAUCAGAGCACUUCAUCCAAGGUCGGCUUCGAUGACAAAGGCAACAUCUUGCCGGAUGGCUUCGGUGGCCAGCUUCGAUUCCGGGACAACCACACUCAAUCCACGCUUGGCAGUGCUUUAGAUUCUGGAGAGGCAGACAGCACGUAUCAACGCUCGGAGAGUUGGGCGAAAAAGCCAAAAGAUGCGGCAUACGCUGCGUUGAGAUACUUGGGCUUGCUGCCGACGGCCACACCCACUGCCUCAAAGCCUGUUCUGCUGGGUGGCUCGAUGGUCGGGCAGCUCCUGGAACUGGCACUGGCAAUCUGCUUUGCAAGCGCAGCGGAUUGCAGCGCUUUGACCGAAUCGGCCACCGUCGAGGACAAGAAAGCAUUGCAGCGACUGCGUGCGCUCGCAGAACGAUUAAACCUGCUCGGACGCGGUGUGGUGGUUUCUUCUGAGAGCAAGGCCACACUGUCUCCGGCAGAGCUCGUUACGGCAUUCUUGAAUGCCUCUGCGCAGUCCGGUUCACGUGGAGCCUCUCCGACCGGCAGGCCACCGGGGUAUGCGAGGAAGGACUCAACUCAAAGUGUGCUGAGCAAAGCUAGCUUGCUCCGUCAUCGCAGUACUUCGAAGGUCAGGUUUGAUGCGACGGAUUCUCCAAAAGCGUCACCUCGCACGCCCGAUCGAGAGCUGCGUUCAGGCUUUAAUCGGUCCCAGUCGGACUUCAGCUGCUCUUCGUUCACGGACUUCAAUCAGAAACAGGCCCGUGCAAAAAAGGACACGAACACAGCCGCCCCUGCCUUCUUGGAGUUCCUCAUUGCGGUCCUUAAAGGUGGCCAGGAGCAGCGCGUCGGGGCAGUUUCACCUCCUUCACCGCCCGGAACUGCCGCUGUUGGAGCAAACGGUAACGAUGUCGUUCUAGACCUCAAGCUGGACACCGAUUUCGGAAGGUCAAGUUCAGCGCACCCUGAAGACGACAAUGCGUCUGCUCUGACUUACCAUUCAUACUGCGAUGCAAUGGUCGCGGGCGCUGGUGAGGAUGAGGUGAAGGAAGUGAUAAGUGCUGAAGUGUUGAAGCUGGGAGGAACAGAGGGCAAGCAAACCAUGCGCAUCGCCUUCAAAUCCAAAUGCCUGCGGACACAAAACGAGUGGCAGAAGCAGCUUCUCGCCCAACAGCGCGCUUUGCUGGAUGUUGUCACAGGCAGGUUGCAGGCAGCCGAAAGAACUUUGAAAGAAGACGAGGAG